AUGUCUCUCUCAGCGCUCAAGGUUGUGUUUGCUCUUUGCUUUUUGCAUGCGCCUUUUACUCAAAGCCAUAAAAACACCAUUACUCGUGAUGUUGCCAUCAUAGGCGGCGGGUCUGCGGGCACUUUUGCAGCCGUAAGACUUCGCGAUGAGGGGAAAUCAGUUGUUCUGGUCGAGAAAGAAAGUAUUCUGGGCGGUCAUACCAAUACUUACAAGGAUCCUGAGACCGGGGUAACGGUGGACUACGGUGUCGAAAUAUUCCACAACCAACAACUUGUCAAGGACUACUUCAAUCGAUUGAAUGUAUCAUGGACCAUCGAGGUUCCGAAUUUCGGUUCAUCUUCUCCACAUUACUUGAAUUCAUCCGCCAAUUCAAUCAUCUAUGAGAGCCCGGAUCCUAGGGAAGGACUGCUCGCAUAUGCGGAGCAACUAGCCAAGUAUCCAAGCAUCGAACGAGGAUUCUUCCUUCCCGACCCGAUCCCGGAAGAUCUGUUAUUGCCAUUUGGCCAGUUCCUUGCCAAGUAUCCCGGAAUUGGGAACGCGGCCUACACUAUCUUUCAAUAUGGCCAGGGUCUUGGCGACUUCCUCAAUCAGCCCACACUAUAUGUGUUCAAGAACUUCGGACUGGACAUUAUCCAAGAUAUCUCGACUGGGUUCUUGGUGACAACAAGCUCGGACAAUUACGAAAUUUACGAUCACGCGACGAAAGUCCUCGGGCCCGAUGUACUUUUCAACGGCCAAGUGGUAUCCACGCAACGCAGAGAUGACCAGGCAAUCGAGCUCGAUAUCGAAACACCUUUUGGCACUCAAGUCGUGGUAGCGAAAAAGUUGUUGAUUGCCAUUCCUCAGAAGCUCGAUAACAUGAACCAUUUCGCGCUCGAUACGCGCGAGGCUAAUCUCUUUGGCAAGUUUGAGAACACUGGUUACUACACAUCCUUGGUCAAGAAUACCGGACUCCCAACAAACUUCACUUCCUACUCUGUGAGCUCUGGGACGCCAUAUAACCUUCCCACACUCCCCGGAAUCUACUCCAUCUUCGCGACGGCAAUCGAGGAUGUUUUCGAUAUCAAGUACGGUAGCCCGCAUAGUGUACCAGACGACUUUGUUCAAAAUGAGAUUCUCUCGUACAUCAAGAAGUUGCAGGCCAACGGGUACGCUGAGAAGGUAUCUGGUGAACCAGAGUUUGUCGCAUACAAGAGCCAUGCUCCCUUCGAAUUGACAGUGUCCCGAGAUAGGAUUGCGAAAGGGUUUUACAAUGACCUUUACUCGUUGCAGGGCCAUCGAAACACUUGGUACACUGGAGCUGCUUUCCACACGCAGGAUUCAUCGAUGAUUUGGAAUUAUACCGAAUCUUACGUGUUGCCUGAAUUGUUAAAAUAA